GGUCGCCUGAGGUCGAGCACCUGGCCCGAGUAGGACAAGAUGUGAGCCUCGGGCUAAGCUUUUUCUCACGGCCACGGCCCCCAGAUCCGGCCCCCCCUCCCACCACCUGGUUCUUGGGGACAGUUCCGCAGCCCCUUAUCCACCCUACAACCCCCAUGGGCUACCGCCAGCCGCCGCCUCCGCUGCCAUCCAGGACAAGGCAGGGAUAAGCGCAGGACUCGCUGGCCACCAUGUCAGGAGACUACGAGGAUGACCUCUGCCGUCGGGCGCUCAUCCUGGUCUCGGACCUCUGUGCACGGGUCCGAGAUGCCGACACCAGUGACAGGUGCCAAGAGUUCAACGACCUGCGAAUCAGAGGCUAUCCCCGGGGGCCAGAUGCAGACAUCUCCGUGAGCCUGCUGUCGGUCAUCGUGACGUUCUGUGGCAUUGUCCUUCUGGGUGUCUCCCUCUUCGUGUCGUGGAAGCUGUGCUGGGUGCCCUGGCGGGACAAGGGAGGCUCGACCGUGGGCGGUGGUCCCUUGCGCAAAGACCUAGGCCCUGGGGUCGGGCUGGCAGGCCUGGUAGGCGGUGGUGGGCACCACCUGGGGGCCGGCUUGGGUGGCCAUCCCCUGCUGGGGGGCCCGCAUCACCAUGCCCACACGGCCCACCAUCCGCCCUUCGCCGAGCUGCUGGAGCCGGGCAGCCUAGGGGGGUCUGACCCCCCUGAGCCCUCUUACUUGGACAUGGACUCCUACCCAGAGGCCGCAGCUGCUGCAGUAGCCGCGGGGGUCAAACCGAGCCAGACAUCUCCCGAGCUGCCCUCGGAGGCCGGGGCAGGCUCAGGGCUGCUCCUGCUGCCCCCAAGUGGUGGGGGCCUGCCCAGUGCCCAGUCGCAUCAGCAGGUCACAAGCCUGGCACCCACCACCAGGUACCCCGCCCUACCCCGGCCCCUCACCCAGCAGACCCUGACCCCGCAACCAGACCCGGGCAGUGAGGAGCGGCCGCCCGCCCUGCCCUUACCCCUGCCAGGCGGAGAGGAAAAGGCCAAGCUCAUCGGACAGAUCAAGCCAGAGCUGUACCAGGGGACUGGACCCGGCGGCCGGCGGGGCGGCGGGGGCCCCGGCUCUGGGGAGGCCGGCGCGGGGGCGCCCUGCGGCCGCAUCAGCUUCGCCCUGCGGUAUCUCUACGGCUCCGACCAGCUGGUGGUGCGGAUCCUGCAGGCCUUGGACCUCCCGGCCAAGGACUCCAAUGGCUUCUCAGAUCCCUACGUCAAGAUCUACCUGCUGCCUGACCGCAAGAAGAAGUUUCAGACCAAGGUGCAUAGGAAGACCCUGAACCCCGUCUUCAACGAGACGUUUCAGUUCUCGGUGCCGCUGGCCGAGUUGGCGCAGCGCAAACUGCACUUCAGCGUCUAUGACUUUGACCGCUUCUCCCGGCACGACCUCAUCGGCCAGGUGGUGCUGGACAACCUCCUGGAGCUGGCCGAGCAGCCCCCCGACCGCCCGCUGUGGAGGGACAUCGUGGAGGGUGGCUCGGAAAAGGCAGAUCUUGGGGAGCUCAAUUUCUCACUCUGCUACCUCCCCACCGCCGGCCGCCUCACCGUGACCAUCAUCAAAGCCUCUAACCUCAAAGCGAUGGACCUCACCGGCUUCUCAGACCCCUACGUGAAGGCCUCUUUGAUCAGCGAGGGGCGGCGUCUGAAGAAGCGGAAAACCUCCAUCAAGAAGAACACGCUGAACCCCACGUACAACGAGGCGCUGGUGUUCGACGUGGCCCCCGAGAGCGUGGAGAGUGUGGGGCUCAGCAUCGCGGUGGUGGACUACGACUGCAUCGGGCACAACGAGGUGAUCGGCGUGUGCCGCGUGGGUCCCGACGCCGCCGACCCCCACGGCCGCGAGCACUGGGCCGAGAUGCUGGCCAACCCGCGCAAGCCCGUGGAGCACUGGCAUCAGCUGGUGGAGGAAAAGACUUUGACCAGCUUCACAAAAGGCAGCAAAGGAUUGUCAGAGAAAGAGAACUCAGAGUGAGAGUCCCGCAGGUCUGGCCAAGGCUUGGAAUCAGACCAGGCCCCCUGAGGACCCCAUCCCUUCCUGCCCGGACUGUGAAUUCAUCUCCUCGAAGCCAUAACGUCCGAGCUGCGUGGUGCGAGGCAGCCCUGGGCCUGCCCAUCCUUCUACCCCUGGAGGCUUGGGGGUGGUGGGAGGCAGGUGGGCCCAGCUCCCUGUUUCAAAGUGGGGGGCAUUCAGUCUCCACUGUGUCUGUCUUCCCUCCCCGGGGCUCCCCAUCCAGGUGAGGGGCCAUGCAUGUCUGGGGGAUCCCUGCCCCCCAAAACCUCUGUCUGUCUGUCGUCUGUCUCUUUGCUGUUUGUACAAGACUUACUGUCCUAACCCUUGUGCUGGCUGUGAAUGUCAACGGACCAAUCUCCCGUGUCCCCCUAGACACGCACACGCCCGUGUCCACCCUGUCUGUUCACUACACCCUGAGUCUGGCCGAUUCCCCCCACUGCUGCUGCUAUCAACUCCAGAAUAAACACAUACA